CUCCCGGACAGAGGCCUCCCGGACAGGGCUCAGUGGGUGCAGUUCUAAGGGCUUAUUUCAUCAUGAUCUUUUGUGAAGAAGCCGACACUGAAGAAACAUUAACUUGUCUCCACAUGACUUUUUACCACCCUUGCCAAGAAGACAAGAUGAUGUUUCGUUGUCUCAAUUUCUGUGAGCGAGAGCAGGUCAGCGCCAAUGAAAGUGCUACGUUUGGCCGCGAUUCCAACAUCUGCCGUUACAACCUGAUGGAUUCUCGCGUUUCCCGGAUUCAGUUUUCUUUGCAGUUCUACAGAAAACUCGACACUUCAGAAUUCUGUUUUGAGAUAAAGAACAUGAGCAAAAAAACAAAGCUGAGAGUGGACCACAUGGAACUGGGUUAUUUAAACAAAAUUGACCUGCCCUGGAAAUGUCUCAUUUGUUUUGGGGACUACCAGAUCUUAACGGAGAUGCAAGAAGGGCAGUCUAUGGACUAUUAUCAGACUUGCUUCCAUUUGGCUCAGAUGCCUCUCUUGCAGGAAAGGUGCCUGCCAACACUGCAACCUGUCCCUGAAACUGGCACAUUUGCUUCUUGGUCUUUUUCCCAAGAUAAAAGCCCAAAAGAGAUGGAUGAAAAUGAGCCGUACUAAGUGGGGAAAAGGAUCAGAUUUUGAGCAUUGGAAACCUCAUGACUUCAGCAUCUGGUAUCACGUAGUCCUUAUUACUGUUAUGUCAAUCCUCUUGGUCUCUGUGUUCAAGCUGGAUGCACCGCAACGUAGCUGCKUCUGCAGAAGGAGCCUGGUGCCUCUGUCCUGUCUCAUCACCCCUGCCCACGACCCAAGCCCUGGGGAGACCCCGGCCUAUGCAGCCGCUUGAGGCCACAGAAGGAGAUUCAGUUCGAGACCGUGGCCACGUGCUCCACAAGUGUGUUCAACACGGCUCGUACCAAGCACACAGAACAGUAUUUCAGCCCCGACACGGGGUAGCUGAGUAGAGAUGUAAUCUCUUCUUGUAUUUGUUAUAUUUUGCGCUAUGUUUUUGACAUGAAGUUCUGAUCAGUAUUUUCUAGUCCCAAGCUGUAACUUCCCAGGUUUUACAGUGCAGAAAUACUUUGCCAGCAUCAGCCUUUUUACCUUCUAAAAUUUUUAAAACUCAUUUCGCAGAAAAUUUCUU